AUGACUAGUCAAUCUCUGCACAUUGUGGAUCAUGUGAAUCCAAAGUAUUCCCUCACGCCAUCCAUUAUCCGUCUCACCGACCACCUACAGCGGGUAUUCUUUAUACCAAUGCAUGAUUGUCGCACGUGGUUUAGCUUCAUGGACAAAGUUAGACAUAUCUGCCUAUCUGACAUAAACCUCACAGAUCUUGAGUGUCAAAUUUUCACAUUUUCUGGGCAGCCUGUAUUAUCAGAAGACUGGCAAAAGGUUUCCAACCGCCAAUCAUCAGUGAUAUUGCCCCUCAAGGUUCAGUUGGCUAAGCUAGAGAAGCCUCACGCUCCUCUAUUGGCUCUAGAAUACGACUCCGAGGGUGAACCAGAGAAUAGAACUGAUGAAGAUGACCCAAAAAACUUUGCAAGUGGCGAACGGCGCAUGGCCUUGGUCAAAAGAGUGCCGACAUGGGCCAAGGAAAAAGAGGGGGUGAAUCUGUCACCUGAAGUUCGAAGCAAGAUGCCGGGCGGUUCAAAUUUUGCGAAUCGCCCAUAUAAACGACUAUUGCCACCGAGCUCUGGAAUAAUUCAAAAUGUUCAAGUCGAUCCCCGGCCCAAGCAAGAUGCGCAAGACAUUUAUUUCCAGCCGCCUACUAUGGCUUCUCAGGACGAUGACGAAGGCACGGCUACGUUCGACUCACGACAUAACACACCACUUGGCUCUGGACCGAGCGGCAAAGAACAAUUACAAUCUAGCAAUACACCUCCACGAACGCCAGCGAUCAGUCCGAAUGUCCCCCCUGUCUUUACCUGGGCUAUUGGUGCGAGGGAGAAGCCGCAUGAAAACCAGGCUGGCAGGCCUUUAGAUAAAAGCAUCUGGAACUCCUCGCGAACUGAUAUUGUACGAUCGGAAGAAGAGUCCUUGAAUUACGUGUGUAGCCACAUGCACAAGCAACUCACUGGCUCUCCGAGCUUGUACACGGGCAUCUCUUCUCGUUCUCUGAUGGAUGUGGAACUGUUGAUGAAGAAGACAUUCUCCCCGAGUAUAGCCGACUUGUCCGAACAAAAUCUGAAAUACUCUCCAGAAGCCCAGAUUCUAUCUCCCUGGAAGAAAGAACUCGCCAAUAUUUCUAACACACUAGUCAGGCUUAUGGAGUUUUUCAUGCCAACCGCCUACCAAUGCGAUGUUGGGGCAAAAUACUUGGGUGGAGUUUCAGAGCUAUUGAUGUGUAUCAACGAAGGCAAUUAUCAAGUUGUCGAUAUAUCGAACUCCGCCGAAGAAGAUUUGCGGGGUUCAAAUGACUUGAGUUCUAUUGAUAACCCAAUUUCAACUUGCAUAAAAUGCCAAGAGGAGACAAGGUACUUCACACGACGCGGGGCCAUAGACCACCUUGUUAAGGAGCAUUUUCGUGGCGGCGUGGCUCUCGAGCCGACCACUAACUGGGUCAUGGACCCGCAAAGGAGAGCCGACCUGCAAGUCCGCCAAGCUGGUCAACGAAUUAUGCAAGCGCUUGAGCAAAGUUGCUCGUCCUUGAAUGCAAGGAUAUCAGAGAUUCGGUACGGGGUUGCAGAUAAUGGGGAAUUCAAUCGUGAUAUGUAUCCGAUACCCAAAUCUCUGGUCAGCGCAUUCGAAAAUUUGCUGUUGAUGUUAGCUUGUUCUGCGAAGUCAGCCCGCGAUGCACGACUGGAAGCCCAAAUCAAUAAUGGAUAUGACCCUUCAGAGACACAUCUUCACGUGAAGGGUCUUCAACGACAAAUUGAUUAUGGCAAUCAAGCAGAAAUUGCAUUAGAAAAUGCCAAAAUGGAGAUCAUACGCAUGACCAUCACUGAUGAUUCCUCGGCAAUUGGUACUUAUCAGGCUGCAAGUCCGGAGUUUAUCCUCGCAACAAUAUUGGAUGAUCUACGCACUCGAGAUACCAUGAAUACUGAGGUCUCUCUAACUCAGAUAUAUCAGCAGUAUCUAUUGCAUAUAGAGUCUAAGGUUAGCCAAAAUCCCAGUCAUCGCCUUUUGUCGGACAUAAGGCUCGCUACACAAGAGCUGGGUAUCAUAAAAAGCUUCGCCGCAAAGCAACGGCUUCUUGGUGCCAACCUCAAAGGUCUUUUUUCGCCUUCCUCUUUCCGGGUCACAACUACAUCGCGUCAAGCAUCUUUCAAAUUUGAAACAGAUAAGAUGGACAAGAUCAUUGAACGUCACUACAAUACUACGGUAGAUUUGGAUCGGCUCCUCGAAAAGGCCGACUCACUAGCUAAGCAGACACAAAGUGCCGUUGCGGUUCGUCAAGAGGAUCAUGGGAAAGCCAUUCUCGUAUUCACCGUGGUGACAGUUAUCUUCCUUCCCCUUUCGUUUGUAACCAGCUAUCUCGGGAUGAAUACUGUAGACAUUCGCGAUAUGGAAAGCUCGCAAGCUUUGUUUUGGGAAGUAUCUUUGCCACUCACCGUCGGAAUCAUUGUGAUCUCGCUGCUGAUUGGGCUUAAGGGGUAUGAAAUUAAAGAAUUCUUCCAAUCUCGUGAAUGGUGA